GUGUGCCUGCUCCGCUGCACCCUGCUGUCAUCCCUCCUCAUCCUCCUGGUCUGCAGCAUCCAUGAGACGGAGCAGAACAGCUACUGCCAGCAGAUCAUCACCGAGAAGCACCUGGCCGAGCUGGAGGAGUUGGCUGACACCCAGAUGCAGCACCCGGGCAGAGUCUCCUUCAAGUUCAUCAAUAAGACGCUGUUGAACGACUCCGUCUGCUACGUGAAAGCCGCUUUUCCACUGCUGGGCAAGAUCCUGGAGCGGACGGAGUUCAAGGAGAACUCGCCCAACGCCAGGAAGAUGCAGAUGGUGCGCAGGAUGUACAGCCGCAUCGACGAGAACGUCGACCCCUGCAUCAGGGAGGAGGAGGAGGAGGAGAGGAGGCUCUCGCAGAUGUGCUUCGAGGAGUUCACCACCUCCCCGUACGAGAUGCUGGUGCUUGUGAAGCAGUUCUUCCAGGACAUCAACCAGCUGCUGCAGAACCAGGAGACCUUCGAGAGGGACUGCAGCCACGUCUACCGCAGGACCUGCGUGGGCCCCAAAAAAGCCGGAUCCUCCCCAGGUGUGGGGACAGAUCCCGACUGCAAUUGCCUGUCCCCUGCCCUCCCUUCUGCCACCCAGCCC